ACAUCCGGAAGCUACCGCUGACCCGGAAGCUGAUUGGCCGAUUGUUAAACGAGACAUUUUCCGCCUAAAGUGUGUGCGAUUCGCCCGAUAAAGAGAGGUGGAAACUAGGGGAUUUUUGUGUGUAAUUAAUCAAGCAAGGGAAACGUGGAAUACGAGAAGGGUGGAACUGUGUCUAAAACCAAAAGGAAAAGACAUGGACUCUCCAAGCAGAAGUCCAGCUCCGGAAGAACACAAUGGAGAAUCCGGUGAGGUGCCACAGCAUUCUUCCUCUGUUCCCAGAAGUCCCAAAGAAGGAAAAGGAGGAGAAGCAAAAGUUGGUCCAUCAGGCAGCGAAGCGUCCAGCGGCUCAGAGAGCAGCAGUGAUGAUGAACACAAUGUGGCCAUGAGGAAGAUCAGGAGCAGCGUGGCUCAGAUCAGAAGAUCCAAAUCCAGGUCCAGGUCCAAGUCCAAGGAACAAGAUCUGCCAGAAGCUGGAGAGCUGAACAAAUCCAGCUCCGUUGAGAGGGACAGGUCCAAAUCAAGAUCAAGGGAGCAAGAAAGAUCGAGGUCCAAAAGCCAAGACAGGUCUAGGUCUAAGGGAAGAGGCAGGUCUAGAGGCAGAGACAGAUCAAGAUCAAAGGGACGAGACAGAUCCAGGUCAAGGGGACGAGACAGAUCCAGGUCAAGGGGACGAGACAGAUCAAGGUCAAGGGGACGAGACAGAUCAAGAUCCAGAGAGCGGGACAGGUCAAGGGGACGAGACAGGUCCAGGUCUAGAGAGCAUGAUCGAGACCGGCCACAUUACGACAGAGGACGCUACACACGGGAUCGCUACAUGGGUCGCCAUGACGAUGGAGAUCAGCGCUCAGACAACCACAGGAGUCGCAACCGUGGCCCCUCCUCGGCAGCGGCCGACGAGCCUCCAGUCAAGAAGAAGAAGGAGGAACUGGACCCCAUCCUCACCAGGACCGGCGGGGCUUAUAUCCCGCCCGCCAAGCUACGCAUGAUGCAGCAGCAGAUCACAGACAAGAGCAGCCUGGCUUAUCAGAGGAUGAGCUGGGAGGCUCUGAAGAAAUCCAUCAAUGGUCUGAUCAACAAAGUCAAUGUGUCCAACAUCGUCAAUAUCAUACAGGAAAUCCUGCAGGAGAACAUUGUCAGGGGGAGGGGUCUGCUGGCUCGCUCUGUGCUGCAGGCUCAGGCGGCUUCGCCCAUCUUCACUCACGUGUAUGCUGCCGUCGUGGCCAUCAUCAACUCCAAGUUCCCUCAGAUUGGAGAGCUUAUUCUCAAACGCCUCAUCUUGACCUUCAGGAGGAGCUACCGCCGCAACAUCAAGCAACAAUGUCUUACGUCGUCCAAGUUUGUGGCUCACCUCAUCAACCAGAACGUGGCCCACGAGGUCCUGUGUCUAGAGAUGCUGACUCUGCUGCUGGAGCGGCCCACCGACGACAGCGUGGAGGUGGUGAUCGCUUUCCUCAAGGAGUGCGGCCUCAAGCUGACCGAGGUCUCCCCCCGAGGGAUAAACGCCAUUUUUGAGCGUCUCCGCAACGUCCUCCACGAGUCCGCCAUUGACAAGCGGGUCCAAUACAUGAUUGAGGUGAUGUUCGCCAUCAGGAAGGACGGCUUUAAAGACCACCCCGUCAUCCCGGAGGGUUUGGACCUAGUGGACGAGGAUGACCAGUUCACACACAUGCUGCCGUUGGACGAUGACUACAACACAGAAGACAUCCUCAAUGUUUUCAAGCUUGACCCAAACUUCCUGGAAAAUGAGGAGAAGUACAAAACGCUGAAGAGAGACAUCUUGGACGAAGGCAGCAGUGAUUCUGGCGAGGAAGGAGACGGCAGCGAGGAUGACGACGACGACGAUGAUGACGACGAUGAGAAGCAGGAGGGUGAAGAUGAGAAGGUGACCAUCUUUGAUCAGACUGAGGUCAACCUGGUUGCCUUUAGGAGGACCAUCUACCUGGUCAUCCAGUCCAGUUUGGACUUUGAGGAAUGUGCUCACAAGCUAAUCAAGAUGGACUUCCCUGACAGUCAGACGAAGGAGCUUUGCAACAUGAUACUGGACUGCUGCGCUCAACAGAGGACCUAUGAAAAGUUCUUUGGCCUGCUGGCAGGGAGGUUCUGCCUGCUGAAGAAGGAGUACAUGGAGAGCUUUGAGUCCAUCUUUGCGGAGCAGUAUGAAACCAUUCACAGACUGGAGACCAACAAGCUGAGGAAUGUGGCUCGACUCUUUGCUCACCUCUUCUACACUGACUCUAUUCCCUGGAGUGUGUUGGAGUGUAUCAAGGUCAGCGAGGAGACCACCACGUCAUCAAGCAGGAUCUUUGUCAAGAUUCUUUUCCAGGAGCUAUGUGCCUACAUGGGCCUUCCCAGACUCAAUCAGCGUCUCAAAGAUAUGACUCUGCAGUCAUUCUUUGAAGGUCUUUUUCCUCGUGAUAAUCCCAGGAACACUCGCUUUGCUAUCAACUUCUUCACGUCCAUUGGUCUGGGUGGACUGACGGACGAGUUGAGGGAACAUCUGAAGAACGCCCCAAAGAUGAUCAUGACCCAGAACCAGGAAGUGGAAUCCUCUGACUCCUCUUCCUCAGGCUCAUCUUCAUCAUCCUCUGACUCCUCCUCCUCAGAGUCCUCCAGCGAAUCGGACUCUUCAGACUCGUCGUCCAGCAGCAGCAGCAGCAGCAGCUCAGACUCAGACUCCAAACACAAGAAGAAGAGGAGGAAAGGACAAAGCGAAAGGAAGACUGAGAAGGUAAAGAGGAGGAAGAAGAAGAGUUCUGACCAGCGCCAGCCGCCCGUAAACCACAAAGACCACGACAGGCAGGACAGGAAGGGCCGUACACGUGAUAAUGACGAGGAACGCACACGAGAGAGCCAUCACCACCACCGCAGCAACAGCAGCAGCAGGCGAGACGACAGGAGGAGGGAAAACCAGGAGGACGAAAGGGCCAGGCGGAAAAAGGACCACGAGGGCCGGAAGAGAGACGAGGUGGGGGAGAAAAGGGGGAGGGAGGAGGACAGGAGCAGGAGGGAUGGGCAAAAGAAUAAGGAGAACAGAGACGGGAACAGAGAGGACAGGAGAAGGAGAUGAAGACUGGCGAGUGUUUCUAAUGCUCAUUUUUAUCUGAGAAAACAAACAUUAAAGUUGUCAUUUUUCAAUG